AUGUCUGAUGACUUGUUCGAUAAAAAGAAAGAUGAAGCACCAAUGUUGGAUUUAUCUAAAGCUAUUAUAAAUACUGCAGAAGAGUACAGAGCAGUUUUAGACAAAGUGCCUGAUUUCAAGACCCGACCCGAAAAGGUUAGACCUGAAGAUGUGAAGAUUAAAGAAAAGGAGGAUAAUAAGACAAAGACAUCUCGGAAAGAAAUUCGUGCCUACGAAACAUUGGGAACGAGAGGGUACGAAGAGAAACACUUUACCUUUAUGGACCCUGUACCAGUGGAGAUGCGCGGCCUUAAGUUUGAAGAACUAUGUGCUGUACCUAUCGAAUGGCGAAUGCUCACUUCCGUUCGGCCUAAAUCGAAACAAGAUGAAGAAUAUUAUAACAGGUUAAUUGAAUUGGGGAAAUCCGAGCUCAAAACCAAAGCGAAAGACAAAAGAGAGUAUGCUAAAAAUACUAUGCUCAAGAAAACAAAAAAUCGUUCAGGGGUAACGGAAACAAGAAUUUUAUCGUGCCCCGAGUGCGGUGAAGAGUACUGUAACGGUAAAAUGUGCGCAAUAACAAAUUAUGACAUGUUCGCUCGUUUGAAUGUGGCUGUGGAAACUAAGGCACCGCGACCACAAGCAUUGCCUACGCAGGGUACCUCCAAGACACGUCGUCUGCGACGGCGAAUAAAGCGCAAGCCGAGGAGCAAGAGUGCUGCGCCACCCACGCGCAAAUCACAUCAUAAAUUCAGGGCUAAAAGUGAUUCGGAACUUUAA